AUGAGUAAAGAAACAGAAAGCGUGGAUGAGUUGUUGAAGGGAAUCAUAACGUCCCUAGAUGCAACUAAACAAUCUAUUGACUCAAUUCUGAAGACGAGUGAUAAUGAAGGUGAAAACUACCCAGAUUUGAUCCAGAAUUUGUUACAAAAGUUGAACAUAGACAAACUUGAAGGCGUAUCAUUAUUAUCUUUGAAAAGUCAUUCGUUGUUAUCGUACUUGAAUAAUUUGGUGCUAAUUAUUUUGGCACAUGUAGAGAGACUAAGUGAAGAAGAUGACGGCAUAGAAGAUUCAAGAUUGAAGUCAAUUGCAAAUUCAGUCACACAAAGAGUUUGCUUAGAAAAGGGUAUUAAGCCAUUAGAGAAGAAGUUGAACUAUCAGUUAGACAAAAUGGUUAGGGCCUACAAUAGAAUGGAAGCCGAUGAAAGUCUGGCUAUAAAAAGGGCAGAAGAAAAUAACGAAAAUAACGAACAAGGUAGUGAUGACGAUGAAGAAGACGACGAAUCAAGUGAAGAAGAAGAUGAUGCAUUAUCCUAUAGACCUGAUUCUGCCGCUCUUGCGAAGUUGACACAAUCCAAAUCCAAAUCCAAAUAUUCUACAUCAAGAGAAUCGAAAGAUGAUGACGAACCUAGUGAAUCAGCUGAGAAAUAUAAGCCACCUAAGAUUUCGGCUAUGGCUCCACCAAAGGCAGAUCCAACUGCCACAAACACUAAAUCCAAUAAUACUAGAAAGCUUCAAAGUAUGGAAGAGUAUUUAAGAGAAAAUUCCGAUUUACCACAAUUAGAGAGUUCCAUCGGUUCUACUAUUGUAGAUAACGGAAGACUGGGAGUCAAGACAGAUUUUGACAAGAAGAAGGAAAAAGAGAUCCAAAGAUAUGAAGAAGACAACUUUACUAGAUUGCCUAAUACCAUGACUAAGAAAUCUUUCCAUCAAAAACAACGUGAUAUGGCCAAUACAUUUGCUGGUGAAGAUUGGUCAAUGUUCAACAAUAGUAGAAAACUUGAAGAAACAUCAAGAAAGAGAAAGCCAGGAUCAGUUUGGGAUAAGGUGAAGAAGAGACGUUCAUAG